UGCAUCGCAAAUUCCUAUUUUAAUAACAAGCGCACACUGCUAAUACAGGUGCUAUCAAUUUUAAAGAGAGUAAAUCAUCCCAUAACACGCAUUUAGAAAAUUUGGAAAGAAUAUUCAUAUUAUUGUACGAGAAGUAUUUUAAAAAUUUCAAUGGCGUUUUUCUGCUGUUCUUCUGCCACAGGGGCGAAAGUGAUUGCAAUCAUAUCACUGAUUAGUUCAGUCGUAAUUUUGGUCGGAUUUGGAGGACUUUGCAUUCUUAGCGCAGUAAGAAUCGAGCGAAUGAAUACCACUGAAGAGGUGGUUUUUAUGGCCAAUGCACUUUAUGGCAGAAAUACCGUCUUGAACUCAAUGGUAAUUCAGCCCAAAAAUAUCACGGUGGAUGAGGAGACGUACUACAGGAAGGACUUUGUGGACUUUCUCCAUAAAACUAUCGAUUACUUGGGAUACAACUUUCUUGCAGUUUAUACCUUCGUUGCCGUCUACAACUUGAUUGCAUCAAUCGAACUACUGCAAGGAGUGCGAAAUAAAAACUAUUGGAGGUGUAACAUUUGGCUCAAGUGGUUCUUGGGAUCAUUAAUUGCCAGCACCUUAUCUUCGCUCCUGCUUGUGAUUUUCAUAUCAAACAACGUAUUCACCAAAUUAAUCCAAUUUUCCAUUGGAUGGGCAAUCUCCUUGUAUUUUAUGUACGUUGUGUACGAAUUUAUGCAAGAGAUAAGUCGCGAGGAUGAGAAAGAUGAUCAGAAGAAGUGAAAAAAUACUAUUUAAAAAUUAAGAUAAAACUAAAAUCGUGUAUUCAUAAACUUGUAAAAUGUAUGUGUCCAAUAAAACAAGCAUUUAUCAUACUAAAAACUCAAAA